AUGUCUCUCAAGCAGGCCUACUCAAUGGCGCACACGGCGCAGUGCCGCCUUCAGAUUGCCGCCGGCCGGCCGGACCGCGACCUCCGGUUCGUCGUCGGGCAUUUGAUGCACUACGAAGCCCUACGGCUGCGCAUCGUCGAGAUUGAACACGACAUCAGCAAGACCGAACGGUCGUCGCUGGCAUUCCAGGGGACAGGGCACGUGGGGAAGAAUGCAAUCGCGCCGCCCAAAUCGGCGGCGGGAGGGAGGAGAUCACCGCCUCCGCCCGUCACCAACUACUCUGACAGCGAUUCCGACGACGACUCGCUAUCCGGUUCCGACGGGCUAGACGACGGCGAAGACGACGGGCUCGGACUCGAGCGCUUCCCCUCUGGCGCUGCGCGACCGGCUCGUCCGCCACCGGAGCUGGUCCCGGACACGGGAGACGACCCGGAUGAAGAUGCUGACGCCAUCUCGCUCGAGGAUCCAGACGAGGCGACGCUGGAGAGUGCGCUGAAGGGCGACGGCGAUGCGGACCUCGCGAAGCUGUACAAUCAAAUUCGAGGCUGCGAGUGCUGUCCGCAACAUCAGGCUGCGCCGGUGGUGGAGAAGCUGUGGGAGCUUCCGCCGGAGCAGGGGCAGCGCGAGGGCAUUACCCGGGCUGUUGCUCAAGUUGCGGCUUGA